CCCGAAAACCUCGACGGGUUGUCACCCGAGUUGAUUCCCAUCGUCACCCUCCUCCUGUCGCAGUCCCACCGACGCUACCAUGAGGGUAUCUUCAUGUUGUACUAUGACUUGAAUGGUGACGGCAAGCCGGGCGACCGUGAGUGGCACGAAGUCUACGGAAUCUUAACCGGUAACCAGCUCGCGUACUGGGACGCCGCCAACUUGGCCCAGUACAGACACAACCCCGAGGCAUUGCUCGAGACAUCGUCCAAGCCCAAGUACAUCAACUUUACAGACUCGGUCUACAACGCCAUGCGCUCGUUGCCGGCCGCCAAGCAGAACUUGGAUAACGUCGUCAUCGUGUCUACCACCCUCAAGAACAGAUACAUCCUCCAGUUCAAGUCCUACACCGACUUGACCACUUGGUACUCCGCACUUCGGUUGGCCAACUACGAGUACUCGUCGUUGCAGGAGGCCUACACGGGUGCCUUGUUGUCGGCACGAGGCUCACGGCUCUCGGACAUCAGAACCAUCUUGGCGGAAAAGCGCUUCGACCACGAGGACUGGGUCAGUAUACGUUACGGCAGUGGUAUGGCCUGGAAGCGGUGCUACGCCGUGGUCGAGCCUUGCACGAACAAGAAGAAGAACUUCUUACCUGGCCGGGUGUUGUUCUACGAGAACGAGGCCAAGAAGAAGAAGCAACUAAUGGCCGUGGUGGCCAAUGCCAGUUCGGUCUCCGCCAUCUACCCCCAGUCCCACUCGUUGAUCGACCACAGCACCAUGCUCAAGCUCGACGCCUUUAUCAACUUCAAGUCGCCUUCCCUCUCCACCAAGGUGUCCAAGAAGAGCGUGGACGACUUCCAGAACACCUCCAUCUUUUUGAUGCCAGAGCAGCACUCGUCUGUCCCCGGGUUUGAUACCUUGAUCAGAUUCUUGGUGCCUUUGUUGGACUCGUUUGGUCUCUACGGAAGACCCACAAGAUUGAAGGCCGACAGGGUCGACCCCGACUCCUUGUUGUUUGGUUUGCCUACUUUGCCGUUUGUGCACUACUUGGAAGUGUCGGAUAUCACCCAAAUUACCUCGUCUUCUCCCGACUAUUUGAGUUGGGACGUCAAGACCUGGACCACCAACAUCAAGAGAGUGAUGAAGUCCAAGUUGGACCGUGGUUACGAGGGUUGUGGCAGUCAGCGAGGCGUGGUGGGUGCAAUCAGUUCCUUGAGCAGUCCCACCACUAACUCGCCCAAUGGCCUCCACUCCCCUAGAAACAACGACAUGUCAACUCCAAGAUCAGCAUCGGCAUCUCAACCACAAUUACACCAACGCCCUCCCCCACCAACCGCCAGCCAAUAUUCGGGAAGUCACCAGAAAUCAUCCAAGAACAUCAACGAUUUGUCUAUCCAAGUUCCCAAAGAGCAAACAGUGCCCAGUAUCAAUGUGUCCGACAACUCAAAUAUUCCGGCUGCAGCAUCGGGUGCCUUAUCCCCUCUGGAAAUCAAGAACCAUCACAAGUCGGUUCAAUUGGCAGAUAUCUACCAGAAAUACUCCACCAUCCAGACUCCUUCAGACCAGUUCCAUACCGAUAGAAAUCAAUUGUUGAAUGGCUCACACGAAGAGUUCGACGAGAACGAUAUGCCUAUGAAUAUCAGACAGAUGUCUUUGGAUAAUGUGUAUCCUAAGAACGAUGACGAUUUGUUCAGCGACCCAGAGAACGACUCUGAUGCGUCCGAAAAGGUUGACGCUAGACAAAUCGGCUUGCUCAAGAACGGCUCUUCCCAAUCAAACGUAGGCAGUGCUGUGUUGAAGGUGCCUUCAUACGGGGACAGAUCGAGCAGCUACUCCUCAGUGCACUCUCCGAUGACCCAGUACCACGAGUUCAACGAGCAAUUCUCCAAGACGGUGGAGAAGCACGAGCAUCCUUUAUCGCUGUCAUACCACCGGCCAAUCAACCCUAGUAGCUUCAGUGGAUUUUCUGACAGCGAGGACGACGAUGCACCAGCACCACCUUUGCACGGCUACAGGUCCAAAGAAAAUGAUGCCAAGUUCAUCGACGGUCCCCAAGGCUCAACCACACCCAAGAAGAGCACCCAGAGCAAGCACUUAUCUAUCCACUCUGAAAGUGGCAACGUGAUUAGUGCAAAUUCGUCUCCCUACUCUGAGGAAGAGCCCAAAAACGACAGUAUGAUAUCACCAUAUCCACAGUUACCACCCAUGCAAACUGGUCACAAACCUAAGUACAUUACUUCGCCCAAUAGUUCGCAAAACCAAUUGCCUCGCUUUGGGUCUCCCGAGAGAAAGAAGCUAGGCCAACAGGGAAAGCCAGCACAGAUGCCUUCGUUGCCUCCACAGUCGAGAAGUGGAGCUCCUCAGCAGCCCAACUUUAGUGGAUCGCAAGCCAAACAGGGCCAGUUCUCUGGAUACCAACAGCAACCCCAGGCCACACCUCAGCAAGGAUACCCUCACUCUGGAAACUACUCGCAAUCUCAGCAGCAAGGGGGAUACCCUCCACAGCCAAAGAACCAGGCUGGGUAUUCCCAGUCACAGACUCGCCAGCAGCAACCACAGCAGUAUUCCCGUGGUCCAGCACCUCCACAGCCACAAGCCCAGUAUCAACCCCAACCCCAACUGCAGCAGCAACAGUACCCGCCCCAACAGCAGUACCGUAGCCAGCAGCAGCCACAGGCUCCUCUUCUGAAGCAUCAAGGCUCUUCCCAGGCGCCUCCAUCGCAACAAUACCGUCAGCAGCCCAAUUCGGUGGGAGUUCCACCCUCAGUGACUGGCGUUCCACCCACCGGAUAUUCCAAUCAAAGACCAGCGCCACAGCAGCACAGAUCUGGAGGAAUUCCUAGAAGCAACGGCCACUAUCCACACCCCAACACCCAGAGUGCAGCAGCAUUAAGAGGUUAUGACAACUCGAAGCAGGGCCAGUACCAGUACCAAUAUAAC